AUGUCGUCCGCUGGUGUUGUUGCUCUUAGGCCACUCUGUGACGACUCCAUUUUGCCUUCGUUGUCUGUACAUAACCAAGAUCCGAUUAUGAUUCAAUUGGCUAUGUCGGGUUCCAUGGUUCCAAUGAGGGUGUUGGAGUCUGAGUCGAUUGAGUCGGUGAAACUUCGGAUUCAAAGCUAUAAGGGGUUUGUUGUGAAGAACCAGAAGUUGGUUUGUGGAGGUAGGGUAUUAUCCAGGAGUAAUUCUUUGGUUAGGGACUAUGGUGUAAGUGAUGGGAAUGUGGUUCAUUUGGUUGUCAGGCUUUCUGACCUUCAAAUGAUCAAUGUGAGGACUUCAUGUGGUAAAGAGUUCACUUUCCAUGUCGAAAAGAAUCGUGAUGUUGGUUAUGUAAAAAGGCAGCUUGCUAGGGAAAAGAAGGGAUUGAUUAACAUGGAUGAACAAGAAAUCCUGUGCGAGGGUGAGCAGCUGGAAGAUGAGAGGCUUAUAAAUGAUAUUUGCAAAUAUAACAGUAAUGAUGCAGUCAUCCGUCUGUUUGUUAGGAAGUGUGCAAAGAUAGGAGCCAAAGCCAUGAAGAAGGAUUUUGAGCUGAGGAUAGAAUCAAAAGAAUAUGAUGUUGGUGUGAGACAAGUUGAGAAUGGAGGUCAUGGGAUAGAGUAUUAUGGUUCAGUUCCUAAAGAAGCUGUGAACAGAAGUGUGUGGUUGGAAGCUGUGAUUGUUAACCCAAAGGCUGUACUCCCUGGUGUGGUUUUGGAGCUGGUAAACUCCACGUAUGAAGGUUUGAAGAAGGGGAAUUAUCCAAUAAGAUCUUCUGAGGGUACAGGUGGCGCGUAUAUGAUGAUGGAUGCAUCAGGGAGUAAAUAUGUUUCAGUGUUUAAGCCGAUUGAUGAGGAGCCUAUGGCUGUAAAUAACCCCAGGGGAUUACCAUUGUCAGUGGAUGGUGAAGGGCUAAAGAAAGGGACAAGUGUUGGUGAAGGUGCAUUGAGGGAAGUUGCUGCAUAUAUUUUAGAUCACCCGAAAGAGGGUGUAGAAUACAAGGAGAAGAUCGGGUCAUUGCAGAUGUUCAUGGACAACUGUGGAAGCUGUGAGGAUAUGGGUCCUAAUGCUUUUCCAGUGGAGGAAGUUCAUAAGAUCUCUGUUUUGGAUAUCAGGAUGGCAAAUGCAGAUAGGCAUGCUGGAAAUAUAUUGGUGACCAAAACCAAAGGAGAAGAUGCUAAAUUUGUACUCAUUCCUAUUGAUCAUGGCUACUGCCUGCCUGCCAGUUUUGAAGACUGCACAUUUGAUUGGCUGUAUUGGCCUCAAGCUCGGGAAGCGUUUAGUAGUGAAACAGUCGAGUACAUAAAGUCACUGGAUGCUGAGGAAGAUAUAGCUCUGCUUAAGUUUUAUGGAUGGAAUUUACCCUCAAAAUGUGCACGUGUGUUUCGAAUAUCCACCAUGUUACUGAAGAAAGGCGUUGAGUUACUAAAAAACCCCUCCCCUUUUGCAAUUGGAAAGCUGAUGUGUAGGGAAAACUUGAAUAAGCAGUCUGCGAUUGAAGAGAUAGUCCAAGAAGCAGAAGAUCUUCUUCUUCCUGGUUCAAGUGAGGCUGCAUUCAUUCAGACAAUUUCUGAGGUCAUGGAUCGCUGCCUUUGUAAAUAAUGGCUAUAAACUACAGUAUUCAAUUUCUUAUGUUUUCCGUACAUAUGAGGUGAGUGAGAUUGAGAGAGAGAGAGAGAGAGAGAGAGAGAGAGAGAGAGAGAGAGAGAGAGAGAGAGUGGGGUUUCGGUUUCUUGAAGAAUAAUUAUAUUACCAAAUGCUAGGUAGCGAGGAAUACAAGUUUAGUGAGUUCUUAGACUAGAAUCUUCCUUGUUCAAAUUUGUUUGUUAUGACUUAUGAUUACGGAGGUGAGGUGAUUUCUUUUGUCUUGUAAAUGUUGCCCAUUAUUUUUAUUUUGAAGCUUUCUUUUAUACUACUACGUGAAGAGAGGAGGGAGGAG